AUGGAAUCAGAGCCAAUUAUAGUGGCAGCUUUAGGAAGACCUCUAUAUCCUGGAAUGCUUUACGACUGCCGUGUUACCCUGUGGGAUAAAAAGUCAGUAAAGGAUAAUAUGGACAUUCGCUCAAAGCUCGAUACAGAGAUCAAGUUUAGUAGCUCUGACUCUUUCUUUAGUAAGUGCAGUCUUCUGGACGUCAAUGCCUCUUUGAAGGCCAGCUUCUUCUGUGGGCUGGUAGAGGUUGGGGGAUCUGCCAAGUAUCUGCGUGACACCAAAUCCUCAAACCAACAGUCCAGAGUAACAAUGCAUUACAGUGAAACCACAACAUAUGAGCAGCUCACUAUGACCCAGCUGAGUCAAUUCACCUACCCUAAGGUAUUUGAACAGAAAACUGCAACUCACGUGGUCACAGCUGUGCUGUAUGGAGCUCAGGCCUUCAUGGUGUUUGAUCUGACAUUUUCAGAUGAUGACAACAAGCAAAAGAUUGAGGGAGAACUAAAUGUCAUGGUCAAGAAGAUCCCUUCAUUUUCCAUUGAGGGACAAGGAAAAGUUAAAAUGACAGAUGAAGAGAAGAAUAUUGCUGAGAGUAUCAGCUGCACGUUUCAUGGUGACUUUCAUCUUGAGCAGAACCCCACCACAUACAUGGAGGCCCUGCAGGUGUACAAGCAGCUCCCCACCUUGCUGAAGAAGAAUAACGAUAGUGGGGUUCCAAUAAAAGUCUGGCUCUAUCCUCUAUCUCUGUUAGACACAACAGCAGCUCGGCUGGUGAGAGAAAUCAGCACAAGUCUGGUUUCUAACACGGAAGAUAUAAUGGAGGAGUUGGGAGAAGCGGAGAGGAGUUGCAAUGACCUGUUCAGUAAUACACUGAUAAAUGUUUUCAGUGACAUUGAUGAAAGGGUUCACACAUUUCAAAGCUCAUUGAGCAUUUACAAACAAGUGUUACAGAAAGCACUAGGCAAAGUCCUACCUGAUAUUCAAGGAGGAGGAAAGGAGGAGCGGUCACUGGAAGAUAUCUUGAAGAUUCACAAUGAAUCCCCUUUUAAUGCAAGCAGUCUUAACCAGUGGUUAGACAACACAAAAUCUGAACUUGACCUCUUGAGUUCCUGCACCAAAUCUCUGAAGGGGAUCAAAACUGAAGACGCAGAUGGACUGAAAACUAUCCUCCUUAAUCCUGAUAUUGAUGUAGUGGUGUGUUUGAACUUUACAUCUCUGAAAGAUGAUGACCCAUAUCUUACAAACCUGAAUCACUUCCUGAAAUCUAAGCAGUUUGAGAAGCAUGAAGGACAAAUUACCUUGCGGUCUGUGGCAUCCAUCACAAAGUGGUUUGAAGAUCCAAAUGCCAUUGCAAAGAUGAGAGAGAACUUAUCUCACUUCAGAAGCUUCUCAGAGGCCAAUAAAGAUGAUAAGAGAAUGUGCUUCAUUAUUUCUGCCAUCUCUGAUUCCUCAAGUCCAGGCUCCUCCAUCUAUCUGUAUGAAAAAGGCAAAUUGACAGACAAACAGUUUCAGCCUUUAGUGACAAAACUGCCCGCACCUAAAGUAAUCAUCCAGGGAAACACAGUUUCCAUUAAUAUGUCAAUGUUUCCAGCUGGAUCAUUUAAACAAUACAGAGUGGAGUACAAGGAGGAAAAACGACAGAAGAAAGAGUGGGUUGUCAAAAACACAAACAAUGAAAACAUUAUUCUGACAGGAUUGGAGUCUGGAAAAGAGUACCUGGUCCGCUAUAGAAUAGUGAGUAAAGUGGGAGUGAGUGAAGCCAGUGAUACUGCCUGUCUUUCUUUAGCUCCACCUGUGAUUGUGGGUGGGUCAGGAGGUGAUACAUUCUCCUUUAUAAAAAAUUCUGAAAAUACUGUCAGGAAGAUCAGUUUUUAUGCCACGGAUAAUGCCUUCUGCAAAAUAGAGGUGACGUUUAAUAAUGAGGAGAAGGAUACCACUGGUAAAAGGAAAAGGACAGGAAAUCAAAGAAAAGAAAUUGUGUUUGACACAGAUGAUAAAAUCCUCGCUGCCACUUUGUGGCCAAAUAAUAAGAAUAACCCUAAUGACCAGAGAGUUGCUGGUUUGGAAUUUUUAGUUGAAAAAAGUGAUGGUCGAACUGAAACAUACUCUGCUAUGUGUAAGAAGCUGGGAAGGCCUGUGAAUCUUUAUAGUGUUAUUAAAAACCUGCAAUUGGAUCCUCAGCCUCAUGGUGCAUCAUUAAAGAGGACUUCGCCACAAAGUGAUCCAGCGGCCAUCUCUCAACUCUUUAAGGAGCUUUCAGCACAACAGCUCGCCGGUUACCAACGUCAGCUGCCUCGUCUCACCUCUCUCACGGAGGAACUUGUCACGGCACUUCAAACUUAUGAGUUCUGUCGUGUGUUUGAACAUACCACUGGAGGAGAAAGCGCUGAGGAGCGUCUCCUGAACAUUACCCAAGGCAACCGUGCGGCAGCCAAUUAUGCUUUGGCGUUUCGCACACUUGCUGCCCAGGCAGGCUGGGAGGAGAAGCCGCUCAAGCUCAUUUAUCUAAAGGGUCUGAAUCUGGAGGCGAUAGACAGUCAGCCUCUAGGAGAGGAAAUAAUCAAAUUUAUUACCAAGAACAACAAAUUACUAGGGGAUUCUCAACACAAGGAACAGAUCCAUUUUCAUGUCAUUACCUCUCCUCUUCAUUCACUCAUCUUGGGACUGCCAUGGCUAAAGCUCCACAGCCUGUUCUUCUUUGUGAAGAAGAAGGAUGGAGGUCUUGGACCCUGCAUCGACUAUCAAGCUUUGAAUAAAAUCACGGUAAAGUUUCGAUACCCUCUACCUCUUGUGCCUUCAGCUCUAGAACAAUUCUGCAGAGCCAAUGAAAACACCACCUUCGAGAACAUUAUCCCCGAGACCCAGAUUAUUUCUCCCAUUCAAUGGAACAUCAAGACCGUAAUCCCUCAAGCCAAUACUCUAGCUCCUCCUCCACAAGAUUGUCCUCAGGCUAAAACGAAUGUACCCGGAGGCUUGCGUGCCACUCUCCUCGACCUCCUACACGCCUCACCCAACUCUGGUCAUCCCGAUAUCACAGGCACCAUUCACCUGACCACUCAGUUCUGGUGGCCAUCAUUGUCCCAGGAUAUCACUAAUGUCGUAAAGAACUGCACUAUCUACAAUACAUCCAAAGCAUCACAUCAACUCCCUGCCGGUUUGUUACAGCCUCUACCCAUUCCACAGUGCCCUUGGUCUUACAUAGCGAUUGAUUUCAUCACAGACCUACCUAAAUCCAAUAACUGCACUGUCAUCCUUACCAUCAUUGACGCCUUCUCAAAAGCCUGCCGUCUGAUACCACUACCCAAACUCCCCACUGCUCUCGAGACAGCUGAAGCUCUCUGUAACAACAUUUUAGAUUCUAUGGAUUACCAGAGGACAUCGUUUCAGACAGAGGAUCACAAAUCACAUCACGAUUAUGGUCUUCCUUCUUCAAGCAGCUAA